UAUAACCUUCGGUCAAUACUUUGUAGGUAUCAAUAGGUAUAUUAUUUAGUUUAUUAAAUGGUUGCAAAAUAAUGGAUUCCAUGGACGAGACAGCUGUGCUACAAGCGUUUGCAGAAAAGCAAUCAAACAAGAAGAUGAAAUCCGAUGACCUUAAUGAUUUUUCAAUAACCAAUUGGUAUGAUACAUUCAAAGCUAUCACAAUUAAAACAGUCUUAGUGCCAAUACCAUCUUCAGUCAUAGAGAUGUUUAAUGCUGAAGAAGUUGAUUGGAAUAUUGAGGAGAGGUGUCCACCUGAGUUUAAGAAUGUUCUGAAAGACAUUCUGCGUACAUUCAGAUCUCCUGGAGCUUUCAUAAAGAGCAACUGGCAUGCUCCAAUGGAUGCUCAAAUGUUGAGUUUUGACAAAACCAUGUCUGUGAAUAACAUUCCUGAUUUAUUUUUAUUCUUGAAUGGAUCCAGUAUUAUUGGGCAAGAUUUCUCGCAUAAAGACUUUAAGGACUAUUGUUUAGCUCUCAGACAAUGGACUGAUAUAAAUCCAGCAUACGAGUUUCGUUGUAUAGUCAUAAACAAUAUAUUAAGAGGAAUAACACCAAGAGAUUGGCCUAGUUACUUUCCACAUUAUGCCAAAGAAGGUGAUGAUAUUAUUGAUAAAAUAUCUAAUUUCUUUAAAGAUAAAUUGCAAGGAAAAUUUAUCAGAUCAAAUUAUGUAUUUGAUGUCUACAUGAAACAUCCAGAUACAAUUGUUUUGGUGGACUUCUCGGCUUUAAACACUAAAACCUGUUUGCAUGCUUUCGAAUGGGAUGAGGUGCUUCCAAUAAUCAAGAAAAACUCACAAGAACCUGUCGCUCCAGUAUUUCGAUACUUAGAUACUGAAAUUGGGAUGAUGGGUAAAGCAGAGACCCAAUUGCAAUUGAUGAGAAGCAAAUACAGAUUGAAUUAAUAUUCUUGAUAUAUAAGAAAUAUUUUUCUCCUAAUUUUGAUUAUGCUAAAGAUGAAAACAUUCCAUUUUAUGGAAUAUACUGUUAUAGGAUGAGUAUUUCUACUGGUAGUAAUAGCUAUCAAUUAUAUCUUAACUAACAGAAUGGUUUGUAUAGAGUAUUGACAUGUUAUUUUAAUGUGAAUUGGGUGCCUAUCCCAUGAACAUUAAAACUUAAGAUUAAUCACAAGAAAAUAAUGUAAACGUACAUUAAUUCAUAUUUUCAGAUAUUGUAUCUUUUCGAUAGAAAUUGUUUACUUUCUAUAUGCAAUGCGCUGCUUUCAU